AUGAAGUCUGGCACUUCCUUCAGCAAACGGUAUACCUGUGCCUUUCUCCUUCCCGUAUGUUCUCUCCCUUCCUCUCGCUCUCUCGACACUCGAGACGGUCCUCCUGGGUGGGGUAGAGCUCGGAUGACCCUCUUUUCUCGGACUAGCAACCCAUGUCUCCCCUCCAUUCGAGUUAGGAUUGUUCCGUUCGGUGUGGUCCAUCUUUCUCCUGCGAGGAUAGGUUCGUCUCGGGUGACCCGCUCCUCCACGGCGCCAACACCUUCGCUCCUUACAACUGGCCGAAAAGUGCCCGACCACACCACAUGUCCAACAUCUCAGAGUGCAAUGAGCGAACAAAGAAAACCAAAAUGUGACUUACCUGAGGUCCACCACUCCGUGUUUUGUUUCUUUUUCCUCUUUCUUUUGUUUCAUUCUCUUUUCCUUCUUAUGUCUUUUUCAGAUCAAUAUAGCUCGAAGACUAGAGUCCUUUCUGGUCUUAAUUGGUCCCGACUGGACAAAUGCAACCUUCUCUCCUCUUUCAGACGGCCGUGGCAACUCCCAACGGGUCUAUCCUGGUUAACACGGCACUAG